GGGGGCAUAUGUAUUGGGCAAGUCAGCCAGGUAAGUAUCAAUUUCUACAGCAUUCUUCAAGGUGCUUUUCACAUUCUACUUAACCAUUACGAGCAUCGGUUCCUUUCCCACCCUUCAAACCCUGCGAUAUGCCUACCAUGGAAGGCUUGAAGGCGUCUUUCCGCUCGAGGGACGCUUUCGUAGAAUUUUUGCGUGCACCCCAGGAAGCGGUCGGUAGCGAGGGCAUGGUUGGCAACUCGAAAUGGUCCAACAAGGACCUGGAGCCAACGGCGGUCGAGCAACGGACGUGGUCUUGGUACAAUCUGCCGCUAUUUUGGUUCACCAACAUGUUUGGGACAACAGGCUGGACCGCAGCUUCAUCGCUGAUUGCUGUUGGCCUGACAUGGCAGCAAGCCUUCAUAUCAUGCGUCCUCGGUUCGCUCAUAUCUGCCAUCAUGGUCACGCUGAUGGCACGCCCUGGGGUGAUGUACCAUGUUGGCUACCCUGUUAUAUGCAGAUCCGUCAUGGGCAUGUACGGAUCCUUCUUCUUCAUCUUCAUCCGCGCAGUCGUUUGUAUCAUUUGGUAUGGAAUCCAAACAUACUACGCCGCGAACCUUCUAUCGGUAUGCUUCCGGUGCAUGUUCGGUAGUAGCUGGGUCCACCUGGCGAACACUCUACCGGUUUCCGCACACGUCACGACCAAGCAGCUGUUGUGCUUCUUCUUGUGCUGGCUGAUAGAGUUCCCGUUCUGCUUUAUCCACCCCACUGGUAUCCGACACAUCUUCACAGUCAAGGGCAUCAUAGUACCUCUUGCGACCUUUGGCCUUUUCGGGUGGUGCAUGGCGCACGGUACCGGCCUCAGCACUGCGAACGACUUCUCCAAGAAGGCCGCUGCUGCCGGUAACAGUCUGGGUUGGGCAGUUAUGACUGGCAUCAACGUAAUCAUGGGCACGCUCUCGCCCAUGCUAAUCAACCAGCCCGACCUUGCUCGCUACUGUAAGCGGCCUCGCGACGCCGGCUGGAUCCAGGGCGCCUGCGUGCUUUUCACGAAGACCAUUGUACUAUUCCUUGGCCUAGCCUCAACUGCGUCGAUGGCUGGCAAAUGGGGGAAGGCGUACUGGAACAUCUGGGAUUUGCUCAAUGCGAUUCUGGACCAUCACUGGAAUGCUACUGCGCGUACCGGCGUUUGGUUCGUAGCAGCUAGCUUCAUGCUCGCAGCCUUCGCUUCAAACUUCGGUGCUAAUUCCGUUCCUUUCGGCGCCGACUGCACCGGACUGUUCCCACGAUGGAUGACCAUCCGCCGGGGUCAGAUACUCUGCGCUGUUCUUGGAGUCGCAAUAGUACCGUGGGAGCUGCUAGCCAAUGCUACCAAGUUCAUCUCUUUCCUCGGCUCUUACAACAUCUUCAUGGCACCGCUCUGCGCUGUAUUUAUUAUUCACUAUGCAGUCGGGACGAAAGGCAACAUUCACGUACCGUCCCUCUACGAUGGGUCUAAGACAGGCCUAUACCGCUACUGGUCCGGCGUCAACUGGAUCUCAGCGUUCGCCUGGUUUGGAGGAGUCAUCAUGGGUAUACCAGGGCUUGUUGGAACGUUUCAGCCCAAAGCAGUUCCGAAGGCAGCAGUGCACAUGUAUAAUAUGGGCUGGAUACUCACAUUCGCCACCGCCGCUGCGAUUUAUUGGGUAGCGCUGCUGAUCUGGAAGCCAAGAGUCUUUCCGGCUGGAUUCGAAGACGUGCCGGUGACGUACGAAUACCUAGCAACACCGUACGGCAGGGAUGGCUUCUUCGAUGGCGAGAGAGCCGCUACUGCAGUGUCGCCGGACUCAAUGAGUGUUGUGGACGUUCAAGUUACAGGGAAGGAGGACAGCAAAGCCUUCGGUGCCUGAUCAUGGCCAGCGACAUUCUUGAUGCUAGAGGGAGUAAGCUGAGAGUGCUCGUGGUUACCGUGCAUUACAUAGUCAAUGAUGAGUAAGAUAACGAUUAGCAGUAGCUCUAUACACAACCC